AUGCGCACGCGCACAGACGAUGGAGACUGGUAUAGGCAAUGCACCGACAACCACACGCACACGCACACGCACACGCACAACCACCAGAAGCAACCCGCUCCAUCCGCAGCACAUGCACUCUACUUGCCUGCAUGGCGCUCGGGCGUGCGGGUUGUUGUGCCUAGUGUGAAUGCGGGGAGCGAGGGCGGGGUGGGUGCGUUGGUUGCGGGUCUGGGACAGGGACAUGGAAGGGGCGAGGGGAGGGGGAAGGGGAGGGGUUCGAGCGCUGUGUUGGCAUUGUCGUCUAUCUCUGCCUCUGCGUCUCUGUUGGCGUCGGCGCACGGAUCUAAAUCGACACUUUCACCGACGUCGAUGUCUAUAUCUACAUCUACAUCUACAUCUACUUCUACUUCUGUAUCAACAUCUAAAUCUACAUUCAAUUACGCACGCACGUAUCUAUCUAUUUAA